AUGGCUCUCAACUGGGCAAUGGUAGACGCUGAUGGCAGCAAGCCUGUGCCCUUGCCAGAGGAGAAGAUCUGGCACACCGUCAUCAAGUGCCAGAUGAGCCUCGACUUUAAGGACAAGAAGGCCAAAUGGGAAGCAAAGGGCACCGCCUUCGUGACAAACCAGCGAGUCGUCUUCCUUCGCCAACCAAUGCUGCCCGCUCCGGCAGAGAACGACAGGGCAUCCGAGCAUCUGCGCUCCCUCAAUGUCCCUCUGAGCAAUCUCGUCGACUGUCGCUACAUGAUUCCCGUCUUCGCCGCACCUUACUACGAGGCCGGAGUGCUGCCCGUGCCCGGCGGCAACCUGCCGAACGAGGGACCUGGCGUCAACAAGGGCAUCCUCAAGAUCUGGUUUUUGGAGGGCGGCGGAAACUCGUUUCGAGAUGCAGUUGAGGAGGUACGCAACCUGGCCAAGGGAGGGCAACACGGAGAGCAGCUGCGUGAGUUGGGUGAGGCGAGAUGGGUUGAAUGUAUGCACCCUCACACCCCUCGCUCCUCAAUCCCUACCUUGCACGCACAGCCGCCUACCAAGCUCGCCCGUCCGCAGGCGGCGUAG